AUGGCACCUUCAACAGAUUGGGACGAAAUAAAACGUUUAGCUGCAGAUUUUCAAAAAGCCCAGCUUAGCUCUACAUCUCAACGGUUAUCUGAGAGAAAUUGUGUAGAAAUUGUCACCAAGUUAAUAGAGUUAAAGUUGUUGGAUGUUAUUUUUACCAAUGAUGGGAAAGAAUAUUUAACUCCACAGCAGCUUGUAAAAGAAAUCAAAGAUGAAUUGUAUGUACGAGGUGGACGAGUUAAUACUGUUGACUUAGCCAAAGAGCUAAAUGUGGAUCUGAAUCACAUAAAUAAUAAUAUAACAGAGAUAUUAAAAGGAAAAGAUGUACAAUUGGUUUCAGGAUAUUUAAUUGCUAACUAUUAUCUAGAAAAAAUUGCAAGAGAGAUAAAUGAAAAAUUACAACUGCAGGGUCAAAUAACUGUAGGUGAUUUAACUUUACAAUAUGACUUGCCAGCAGACCUUUUGCAACAUGGGGUUAUGGAAAAAAAUCUUGGCAAAAUUAUUAAUGGGAAUCAAGAUCCUCAUGAUCCUAGGAUUUUUUAUACUGCAGAGUAUAUAAUGAGGACAAAAGCAAAGAUUCGUGGAGCUUUAAUGGGUCUGCUUCGACCAACACCUGUAAGUUUAAUCAUCAGCCAUUGUAAUAUAGCUGAAAGAUUAUUUAUGUUUCUUUUUGAUCAGUUAAACACACCAGGAGUUCUAACAGGUCGUCAGGCAGGAGCUCAAUAUGUACCUUCAAGUUAUACUAAGUCUCAAAAUGAUUGGGUUUUAAGUUUUUACAAACAAAACAACUACUUGGAAUAUGAUGCUUUAGCUAGAUUAGGUAUUUCAGAUCCUAAAGGGUAUGUAAGAAGAGUUCUAUCAAAUGAAGACAUGACAUUUUUAAGCAGUUGUGUUAUUGGAUCUCAAAUAAAACAACAGCUUGAGAUUGCUCUUGAAGAAUGUAUUUCUUCAAAAAGUUACUUAGAUGUUGUUGCAUUACUACCAUCAGUUUUAUCAGAGCAAGAUAUAGAUAAUGUACUCGAACCGCUUUUGAAGAAUAAUUCAAGAUCCACUAUUCUAUUUGAUAAAACAGUAUUUAGUAAUCAUUUUGUUGAAAAUUUGAAGCAAAUGUGCAUGCCAAUGGUACAGAAAAAUGUGGAGAGUAUAGUCAAAUCUGGCAAAUAUCAGCAAUUUUACUUAGAGAAACAGCUUGUAAGAUCUGAAAUGCAACAGCAACAUGUUGAUCAUAAAGCAGAAAGACGUGAGGAGCGUAGAAAAAAAGCCAGUUCUGGAAAAGUAGGAGGUGGAACUCAAGGUCGGGAAACUAAAACAAAAGCUGUAAAAAAACAUACAAGAUCAAAACAGGUAACUCACGACUCAGAUUCCGAUGAUGCAAGUUCAAAAAAAGCUCAAAGUCAUCUUGAAAUUGUUAGUGUUGAAGAUGUUGAAAAUGCUAUAAAAGAAACUUUAGAAAACGAAGGCCUUGAUGAUUUGUUGUCUCAAAUAGCAGAAUAUCUCCAAGGACAUCUUAAUCAAAUUGCUUUAAAUACAGCAAAGGAACUAGCUGAAAAAAUACUUCAAGAUGCCAAUCAAAGUAAGAAACAGACUCAUUCAUCUGCCCAGGACAGAAUAAAUGUUCUUGUAAAUGAUAUGAAAUUGUAUGAGAAGGGCUUAAAAGUAUUCCCGAUUGAUCAGCAGUCACAAUUUAUUAAAUAUUUACUAAAAUCUUUUGGUGGUGAUAUACUGUCAGAAUUCUGUAAAUAUGCAGCAAACCAGUGUAAUCUCUCAGUACAAGCAGAUGUGUUGACAUUAGAACAAAGAAAUAAGAUUAUAAAAGAUUUAUCUGAAGAAUAUGCUAAAUCUUUACAAACUCUAAAUGCAACAUUGUCAGAACAAAAUUUAGAACAAUUCUACCAGUCUGUUGAUGUUUGUUUAUCAGAAUGUGGCAUGAUACUGAAAAAAAUUGAUAAAAAGAAGGACAAAUUGCUAAUACAAAACCAUAGAGAAAAACUCAUAUAUGAAUUGGAAAAUUGUGAGGAACCAGCAUUAGUAUUACAUUUGGUUGCUUUGGCUUUGUUUACAAUACUUAAUCAGAGUAUGUUACAUGCAUCAGGAAGACAAGUUCCACUCAUUAUAUCUUUUUUAAAAUCACAAUUGAAAGAAGAAGAUUUUCAAAAACUACAAAAGUAUCAUGAACUGGUUACCAGUUACUUGAUUGCUGCAGAGGAUGAGAAAUCUGAAAUAGAAGAUAAAUUGAAAGAAGAUAUGUCAGUAAUGAAAAAUCUUGUUAGUGACGUGAAGAAGUAC